AUGGCAAUUACCGAUGAUAAUCGUUACGAUAAUAAGGGCCCCAAGAUCCUGGCUGUUCUAUGGACUUUGACUGGGCUGACAACCCUCAUCGUCUCGGCCAGGAUUUACAUCCGGAUGGUCGUGUUGCGAAACUUUGGUAUUGAUGACCAUUUGAUUUUGAUUUCCAUGAUACUCGGCCUUGCGUAUUGCGGUGUCACUACAGCCGGUGUCAGUGUGGGCUACGGACAACAUGCUGACUAUUUGGACGAAAAUAAUCUAGAGAUGGCCAUUCUCCUCAAUACCGUCAGCUUUUUGUUUGGAAUUCUCUCCUUUACUAUCCCCAAGGUGGCCGUGACGGCUAUGUUGAACCGGAUCUUGAACCCUGGGAGAGUGCAGAAGACUAUAUUAUGGCUGUUGGUUGGAAGCGCGGCCACCGUCUCUAUCAUUUGCAUUCUUAUCUUGUUCACUAUGUGCGAUCCGCCAAAGGCAUUGUGGCAGAUAUCACUUGUAGCUAAAGGUGAAGCCACUUGCAAGAGUUCAUGGAUUCUCAUCAACUAUGCUAUUUUCACGGGAGCUCUCUCGGCAUUUGUUGAUUUAUAUCUGGCCAUUUACCCGACCACAGUCUUGUUAAAAUUGCAAAUGUCUCUACGAAAGAGAAUUGCGCUUUGUGCUGCUUUGGGACUUGGUGCAAUUGCUUCCGCUAUGGCAAUUAUAAAGUGUACCCAGCUUCAUGGACUUGCCGACAAAUCCGACUACACAUAUGGAACUGCCGACCUUGUUAUGUGGACCAAUAUUGAAGCCAACGUCGUCGUCAUAGCAUCCUGCAUCCCUACCCUACAACCCCUCCUCGAAAUUAUCCUUGGAAAGCGGGUGUUCGGCUCCUACAGCCAAGGAAAGGCUUCCCCCUCCUCCUACAAUCGCAACAAGCAUUCAAAUGCACUUGGCAAGGAUGACCUCGGCUUCACCAAUCUCACCAAUGUGACGGGUAAAGAUAGUCAAGAAAGCAUACUUCCUUCAGAUGGAUCUGGGAAGCAGAAUACUUUCUCUAUGGGCCAUAUCCAUCGGACGGACGAUGUGAUUGUGGAAUACGAAUCGUCUUCACAACAAGGAGCCAAGGUUAACAGGUCUUGGUAG